GCUGGUUUAUCUUUGUACAGGUCUGCCCUGAUCAGCUGUAUAAACAACGUGAUAGAACAUUAUUCGUGGGACUGUCCUAACAUCGGGUAGACGCAGAUCAAAUGUCUCACAGCUCUGAAAUGCCCCAGAAGACAUUGAAGAUGGACCAUAAGGUGUUUAAUGAUCCCAUCCAUGGGACGGUGGAGUUACACCCACUUCUCAUCAAAAUCAUCGACACACCUCAGUUCCAGAGACUGAGAAACAUCAAGCAGCUUGGAGGGGGCUACUUUGUUUACCCUGGAGCAUCCCACAACCGCUUUGAACACUCCAUUGGGGUGGGGCACUUGGCAGGUCAACUUGUUGAAGCUCUGCGUACAAGGCAGCCGGAACUCGACAUCGAUGAGAGAGACAUCCUUUGUGUGAAGAUUGCUGGUCUCUGCCAUGACCUGGGACAUGGACCCUUUUCCCAUCUGUUUGAUAAAAUGUUCAUACCCAAAGUACCACAUCCACCAGGUCCACUAGGUGAUAAAAUGGCAAAGUGGAAGCAUGAAGAAGCCUCUGUAGAGAUGCUUGACCAUCCGGAUAAAUUUAAUAAUCUGGAGCUGGAGAUGAAGAAUAAGGAGAAUGGUCUGACUGAUGAUGACUUGAAUUUCAUCAAAAAGUUGAUUGAAGGACUGAAGGACCCUAAUGCAGUCCAGUGGCCAUAUAAUGGUCGACCAAAGGAAAAAUCCUUCCUCUAUGAAAUCGUGGCCAACAAAACAAAUGGCAUUGAUGUGGACAAGUUUGACUACUUUGCCAGGGACUUCUACCACCUGGGCAUGAAGAGCACCUUUGACCAUCUCCGCUUCAUACAGUUUGCCAGAGUGAUUAAAGUGAAAAAAGACGGGCUGAAUCACAUCUGCAGUAGAGACAAGGAGGUGGGCAAUCUGUAUGACAUGUUCUACACCAGGAACUGUAUCUACAGAAGAGCCUGUCAGCACAAAGUGAACAAGAUCAUAGAGUAUAUGAUCGCAGAGGCCUUUGUAAAAGCAGACGGGCAUAUCAAGAUUGAAGGCUCAGGAGGGAAAGAGUUCACUCUCUCUACAGCCAUAGGUGACAUGGAGGCCUACACCAAGCUGACAGAUCAUGUGUUUGAACAAAUACUCCACUCUUCCUCUGCGGAGCUGGCUGAGGCAAAGAAGAUUCUAAAAAGGAUCAUCUCUCGAGACCACUACAGGUUUCUGGGUGAAACCAAGCCUAGACAAGUCCCGACCAGGGAUGUGUAUCGUCUUUGGAAAGAGGAAUUGGCUGAAGCCGUCUCUGAGGAAGGCGAUGGGGAUGUCAAGCUGAAACCAGAGGACUUUGUAGUUUUAGUCGCUACUUUUGACUAUGGAAUGAAAGACAAAGACCCCAUCAAGAAUGUGUAUUUCUACAACAAGAGAUACCCUGACACAGCACUCAACAUCCCCAAAGACCAGGUGUCCAAGCUUCUCCCAGAAUGCUUUUCUGAGCAGCUGAUCAGGGUUUACAGUAAGAAGACUGAUGGGCAGAGUGUGGAUGCUGCCAGGAGGCACUUGCACCAGUGGUGUAAAAAUAAGUGA